GACAGUAUUACGAGUCAACUGAAUCGAACCGAAUCGAGGCGAACCGAACCGAGGCUUAACAACGUGUCGGUCAGGAUAUUACAUCUAAGUGCAGUGAUAAGUUAAGAAACCAGAACCCCUUAACCCCCAAGAAAAAAGAAAACCAAAACAGUGAUCAUGUGGAAAUUUGUGAUUUUGCUCGUGGCCACUUUGGCCCUAGUCUCUGCCCAAGAUGCACCAGCAGCGACUGUGCCACAGAAUUGCAGCGCUAUCGUUGAGAGCUUGGAUUGGAAUAAUACGGCACUGUUCGGCACCUGGCAGGAGGUGGCCCGCAAUCCGAUUGGCGAUGCGAAAGCCUGCCUGGAGUUCACGGUGGGUCUACUACACGACAAUGUCACGCUGAGCAUCAAUGCCUCGCACUCGAGCAGCUCCACGUCGCUGUUCCAAAACGUUGACGAGAAGGCCAAUGUGACGCUGGUGGCCAACGCCAAGACUGGCUACAACGUCACCUUCUUCCAGGGCAGCACACCCCAGGCUCCCGUGUACAUAAAGCUGCUGCAAAUUGUCAACAGCACCUACAUCACGGGCUGUGGAUAUACUAAUGCCACGGAUAACAGCACUAGCUACGGCUUUAUUCUAGGCGCUCCCAAUAAAUACACAGCUGAGGGCAUUAAGCUGGUCAACGAUGGUGCUUUCCCAUUGUACAACAAUUUUCUGAACAAUACCUAUGCCAAUAUCACACAACAGGGCUGCUCUAGAAACUCGGCCGCUCAGUCGCUGCCCUUGAUUUCUGGCGUCCUGGCCCUGGCCCUGCUGCUGAUCAAGGCGCACUAAAAGGAAAAAACCCAAUUGCUAAGCUCGUUAAUUCUUUGCUUGCCUCAUAUUAUACUUUAUUAGUAUA